AUGGGAAAUCAGUCCGUUACAGGAGACUUCGUUGGUGUUUCUCGGGAGACACUUGCACGUUCUUUAGACGAGGACGAGGACCUUGUUGAUUAUGAACCUGAUGACAUAUUCAUCACAAAUGAACAACCAAAUACAACUAUGGAUGUUCCCACAGAAAGGAUAGACGAGAUAGACUCCAUGAAUACUGCAGACGCCUCGUUGCAGUCUCGAGAUCAUACUCAGGUAAGCAAGGAAGCGAGUGAGAGCGUUCGCAGAAGACGACGAUCAGAAAGCGAUACCUAUGAAAUAGAUAACCGUGAAAUUUCUAGGGAGCUCGACAAGAGCUCCUUGUUCGAUAGUAGUCUUUCCCACUCGUGGAGAGUUGACCUAAACGUUAUAGAAAAUCGCGAUCAACGGACAGAAAUAUUACCAAUAACUUUGAAUGGGCGUAAUGCCGACUCUUCAUCAAAUAAUACAAAAUUUGGGGUUCGAUAUUUCAUUAUGAAAAGCCAUAACCACCAAAAUGUGCAGAAGUCGCAAAAUAGUGGUGUUUGGGCCACUCAACCAAUAAAUGCUAGUAUUCUUAGCGAGGCCUUCAAGAUUGCGGAACGUGUCGUUCUGAUAUUUUCCGUAAACGAAAGUCGACACUUUCAAGGGUUUGGAUAUAUGCUAUCAGACGUUGGAACUGUAGAGCAUGCUUCAUGGACCAGAGUUAGCGAAUCUUCUUUGGGUGGUAAUUUUCGAGUGCGCUGGCAAAAAAUCGGCAAUCUUCCUUUUGAGAAAACCGUCCAUAUUCGUAACCCUUGGAAUGAAAACAAACCGGUCAAAAUUAGUCGCGAUGGGCAGGAAUUACCUGUAAGCGUCGGGGAAAAAUUGUGCCAAUUAUUCGAUGAAGUGACGGAUAAACUGUCACCUAUAAAAGAUGUUGAUUCAAAAGAUGAGUUAGAAGAUAGAUCUAAAAUGAGGCGAUCUAAUUCGACGGACCAUAUGAGAAGUCCAACAGAAUGCUGCAUAGCAGCAG